GCUGCCCACUUCCGCAUGCGUACAAGUUUUCCUUGUUUUUCAAUGUCCACGAUUCAUGAAUGGCUCCCCUUCAUAACCUUUGCCAGUAGUAUUAAAUUUACUUCGUUAAUUAAUGUUAUAAAAUGUUAGCUUUAACAACCUUUAAUAAUCGUGUGGAACCAAUUAGGUAGUGUUGUGUCUUACAAAACGAUAGGAUUUCCCGCUAAUUUGACAAUAAAAACAAUCCAAAAAUGUCGACCAGUCCUUUCCCCUACACGUGCGAGCUAUGCGGCGCGGAGGGCCUCACAGACGAGGGCAUGCGGUCCCACACCUUGGAGGCCCACGUGGCAGGAAGACCAGAGUGUCCCUUCUGCGACUGUGCUGUCCCACAACCACAGCUACUGGGACACGUGCAGAGGGCGCAUCUGCAUUACCUGACGCCGGAAAGAGAGCUUAUGGCGUUUAUAGACGACCAAAGUCCGAGCUUUGACGAAGACUCCAAAAUGACAACGACAGACAGUUGCAGCUACAACACGCCUGGUUCCAUUAACGGUUGGCAUAGCCCUGACACCUCUACUUCCUUCCACAACGGAGCCAUAUCCAAAAACCUCAGUUACCACAACGGUUACCAGGACAAAGAUUAUAGGAGUGAGAAGGAUGAAGACAGAUGCUCAAGGUCCCCCAAAAACAUCAACUUGACGAAUGGCCUGAAGAAUAUAAAUAUCAGCAACGGGGUUAUACCAAAGAAAGUGCAGAGCAGACAGAAUUCUAAUGAUGGGGAAGUGAUGAAUGGGCAUGACAGAAAAGGUAUUCAUUCUAGUCCAAGCCACAAUUCAAGCAACAAUUACGAAGGCUCACCAAAUAAAAAUAAGUUGACUAUGGCCAGUGCAGGACAAGGAUCUCCACUAAGAUCUCAAUUGGCAUUAAAAUUGAAACCCAACACUCCAAAGAAAUCAGCUCCUACGCCGAGUCCUACUGUGCAGUGCCUUCUCUGUGAUUUCACGUCAACAUGUCCACGGAAAUUGGAAGAGCACAUAAACAGGGCUCAUUUCGACCUCACGUCUCCUUCUGUGAUGGGGAACGCGAAUGCUAACGCGGAAAAUCCUACCCUGGUCGUGAACAACCCCACUUUAGGGGUAAAUAACCCUACCCUGGGGCUGAACAAUCCCACUUUGACCCUGGAUAACCCCACACUGGCUUUGAGCGCUAUGGCCAUGUCUCCGGGGCCCCACGGGUCUUCGUUCCAGUGUCCGAUCUGUGAGAGAGAAUUUGUGAACGGAUCUGAGGUAGAAGUCCAUGUCAAUGUUGAGCAUCGAGACAUAUUGAGUCCGCAGAAAGGGGACCAGGUUGACAAUGCGUCAUGUGAAGACGUAGUGAUGAUGGAAGAGAGUCCGGUCAGCAACUGUCCGGUGUGCUGCCAGCCCCUGCCGUUGUCACAGCAUGAACUGAUCCAACACAUAGAGGAGCACUUUGAGAGGGGGGAGGAGGGAGGCGCGGUAGCACUCUCAGCCGCCGAGAGGGAAGCGCAGAAGAACAGAGAGGAACAUGAGUUUCAACUCCUGAGGGCGCAAUACGGCAUGGAAGAGGACGAAGAAGGCUACACGAACAGAGCCACCAACAGCCUUAAGCGGGCCGUGUACAGCGGCGCCCUAUCCGUGGCUGGCUACUAUGAACGCAGCGUCGGGCUCCGUAAGGCCUCCGCCCUGGGACGGGACACCGGCUCCUCCAAGACGAACGGCAUCCUGGAGAGGAUAGCACAGCUCAAUACUCAGAACCCGAGCAUCGUGAAGACGUACCUGUGUAGUGCUGUCGACCACUACGCCAGCACCUACGGCGACCGUGGCUGGGGCUGCGGCUACCGGAACAUGCAGAUGGUGCUAUCCUCGCUGCUCAAGCACCCGCCCUACGCGGCGCUGCUGGGCGGCGCGGGCGAGCGCGACUGUGACUGCGUGCCCUCCAUCCCGCGCCUGCAGCUGCUCGUCGAGAGGGCCUGGCAGCUCGGCUUCGACACGCAGGGUUCAGAACAGUUAGGCUCAAAGUUACACAACACUCGCAAGUGGAUCGGUGCGUGCGAAGUGGUCACGGUGCUCUCAUCGCUUAGGAUAAGAUGCCAGCUGAUCGACUUCCACAAGCCGACGGGCGCGGACGGCUCACACCCGGCACUGUUCGACUGGGUGCUUCGUUACUUCCAAGAAGAGCCUAGCGCCUUCAAGGCGCCGCUUUAUUUGCAGCACCAAGGUCAUUCUAGGACGAUAAUAGGGUAUGAAAAACAUAAAGACGGCAAAGCAACACUUUUAGUUCUGGACCCUUCACAUUCGCCUGCACAGGUGCGUCAAGUGACGUGCGGCAACGCGGCGGCGGGCGCGGCGGCGCUGCGGCUGCUGCGGCGCGGCGCGGGAGCCCUGCGCGCGCGCCAGUACCAGCUGCUCGCCGUCACUGGAGUCAUGGCCGACCAUGAGUAUGAGGCGAGUAAAGUGCUUCAAUCGGUGCGCAUACCAUAGGGCAGGCGUGUGCCGCGAUGUGCAAAUUUGGACUCUAUGAGCGCCCACACACAGGUCCGUACGGCGAGAAUCGCUUGCACCACAUACACAUGAUAUUUUGUGCGUACCGUUACGUUGUUUUAACUUUAUCAUCCAAAAUAAAAAUGUGGGUAAUUUACCAAAAUGAAAAAUUAGAUAUUUACUAUUUAUUUAUGAAAUACCAAGUUAAAUUAUGUCCUGAAAUUGUUAUUAUUCAAUGUUGUAUUUUGAUUUUAAGUAAUUAUUUAAAAUUGCAAUGAUAUUUUAAAAUCUGUGUCAUGUACAUGUCAAAUUUUACUGAUUAAAAUUUGAUAUCUAUCCGCAGUUUGGAAGACCUAACCACUGGUCACGAAACACGAAAUUCUUCAUCUUCGACAUCUGAUUUUACAAAUUUUUUGAGUAUUAGGGAACAAAUAAUUAUUAUUAUACUUUAUCUGUCUCACGUUCAGCAACGGAGGGAUGUUCUUGAGGCAACUUCGUUUCUUAAAAUGUUCUAAAUUAGAAUUCUGGUGUUGCUGUAUCUAAAAUUGAUCAAUAGAAUGACCGUUUUCGUGUCCCGUGGUUUGUUAAUCCAAUACCCGAAGACGUAUUUCAUCUGUACAUUACUACCUCAUGUUAUUUUUGUCAAUUAUCAGUUGAAUGUCAAUUCACAAACAAAACAUUUAAUCGAAAGCUAGCCUUGUGCUUACUUGCUUUGAAAAGAAUAUCAAAUCUUACAUAAAUACUGCAUAACUAUUUUAUGUGAAAAUAACCAAAAGCCGGAAAAAAGUAUCAACUCAAAAAAUGUAAUAGUCAUGCAGUAUUUAUAUUCCACAUUUACCUAUUUACUAUUCCGUAAUGUAAAAACGUUUCAUAUUACUUCUUCUAAUAUACACAUUUAAUAAAUAAUUCAAAUUUAACUAUACAACGAUAUUAUUUUGUUAUUAACUAAACUUAAUAAUCACAGAAGAAUUUUAUACAAAUUCCAAUUCCCGCCGUAAUAAUAAAUAUAAUAAAGUAAAUACAUAAUAAUUAUUAUAGUGAAUUAUCAAAGCGAACUAGUAAGUUAGCGAAGUUACUACUUAUAAUAGCUUCGAGAGAUUGCCUUUGACUCAAUAAGAUUUUAAGGUAAAUAAAUUAAUAAGUGGGCAACACUGUGAAGUGUAGCCAUUACGAAAAAAUGUCUUAUUGUUAGAAAAAUAUCUUGAUACUGUUUUCUCUUAAUUAAUUUUCAGUUUAAACAUUUUUUUAACAAUUAGUCGUUUUAUUUUAUUGUUGUCGUUGUACAUAAUAUUUAUUUACUGUUUUGUAUAAACUGUGUUACGAAACAAUUUACUAAUCAAUUUUUUUUAAUGGCUACUUAUCGCAGUGUUGCCAUAUAGAUAGUGUUUUAAACCUAGAUAUUACAGUUAAUUAAUAAAUAAAUGCUUGUUACUCACGAAAUACAUUAUUUGCACGUUCACAUAGUUCCUAAUGGAAUUGCGACGUCCAGUGCGGCGAGGCUUCCUUUGCAUGCGGUCGGAAAAUGGAAGAAAGUCCAUUUUAAUUGCACUAUUAUUGUUUUUUCGUUAUUUUAUUUUUAUUUUAUUGAUAAUUUUAAUUGAUUUGAAUUUAUUAUUUUUACAUUUUAUUUUUAUGUAAUAAUUGUAAAGAUUCUUUUUGCCCCUGCGUACAAGGUACCCACUGAAAACCAGUGUCUUAGCACUUGGCAGUAAAAUGUCAACUGUCAAGAUGAUACUGAGUAGGGUGACCUCUUUUUUUCUCUCUUUUCUCUACAUUUUUUGUUUUGUAUUAGUUGUCAAAUAAAUAUUUUUUCUUUCGUCCAUUUUCAACCGCAAGCAGAGAGAGCCUUGUGACAAUAGUGACAUGGGCGGUCAGUUCGGUCAGUGGUGCUCUACAGUUAAAAGUCUUUCAAUAGUAAAUCACGAAUUGUACAUGGAGUAACC